GACCACCGUAGCGCGCAGGGAAAAGAGUUCUUCAUCCACGCUGCUUCUAUCUCUCUCCCUCCCCUCCUUGCAGGCGGGACAACGCCAGGUUCGAGUCCGUGACCUUGUGGACUUGACACUGCGCUUUUUUCCACGCACAUCCACGACUAGUUCCGCUGCUCUACCUCACUUCUCUCUCUCUCUCUCUUUCUCUCUCCCCACUGGGUCCACUCUCCGGUUGCUCGUGGAGCCGUGAAUCCGCACGAGGACCAUGUGAUUUGUGGAGUCUUUUGGCGGGGAUUUAUGGAGCCGGAAGGACGCGGGGACAUGGCGUUCUCUGCAUUUAUGGUCACAUGAGCGGCGGCGCUGCGGGCCACAUGCCGGUGAUGGAGGAGCUUGUCAUUGACAGCUUGCCAAAGCGGAUGGCUCUGAUCUGCUUCCUGUCUCUGGUGAUGAUGAUGAGCAUCCUGGGAAACCUGCUGGUCAUGGUGGCCGUCUGCAAGGACAGACAACUCAGGAAAAUCAAGACCAACUACUUCAUCGUGUCGCUGGCCUUUGCCGACUUGUUGGUGUCGGUUCUGGUGAUGCCGUUCGGGGCCAUGGACCUGGUCCACCAGCAGUGGAUCUACGGCGAGACCUUCUGUCUGGUCCGUACCUCUCUGGACGUCCUGCUGACCACGGCGUCCAUCAUGCACCUGUGCUGCAUCGCCCUGGACAGGUACUACGCUAUCUGCUGCCAGCCUCUUGUGUAUCGCAACAAGAUGACGCCCAUGCGCGUGGCGCUGAUGAUUGGCGGCUGCUGGGUCAUUCCCACCUUCAUCUCCUUCCUUCCCAUCAUGCAAGGAUGGAACACCAUCGGCAUCCACCACGUGAUUGAGCAAAGACGCUACAUGGAUUCCAGCAACUCCACGUUGUGCGUCUUCAUGGUCAACAAGCCGUACGCCCUCACGUGUUCCGUGGUGGCCUUCUACAUCCCCCUGGUCCUCAUGGUCCUGGCCUACCAGAGGAUCUACGUCACGGCCCGAGCGCACGCCCUCCAGAUCAGCAUGCUGCAGCGUGCCGGUGGCGGCGGGACCAACACGGCCGCUACCUCCGCCGCCGCGUCGUCGGACUCGGCCGACCAUCAACGCAACCACCGCAUGCGUACGGAAACCAAAGCGGCCAAGACGCUGUGUAUCAUUAUGGGAUGUUUCUGCCUCUGCUGGGCGCCAUUCUUCAUCACCAACGUGGUGGACCCGUUCAUCGACUACACGGUACCCGAGAAGCUGUGGGCGGCCUGCUUGUGGCUGGGCUACAUCAACUCCAUGCUCAAUCCCAUCCUCUACGCCUUCCUCAACAAGUCCUUCCGCCGUGCCUUCCUCAUCAUACUCUGCUGCGGCAGGAAGCGCUACCGCCGACCGUCCAUCUUGGGAUCCGGCGCGCCAUGCACGACCACGCCCAUCAACGGAUCCACGCACGUACUCAACAGCUGCUCCUCUGCCUCCAAACUGCUGCUCUGGUUCUGCAACACCAGACCAGUGCCUGUCUAGCUGCUCUAGAUCUACACUCUCACCGGGGUUCGCUCUCAAGUACGCUGUGCUCAACGGGAACUACACAAAGCAGGACAAAAAAACGCCGCACGCCAACUCCGAGUCCUGCUUGUGACGCAACGCCUCCGCUCUCCCGACCUGACCUGACCCGAUUCGCAGGAACAGGAUUUGCGCGCCAGAGACGGCGUCUCUAGACACGCGACCGGUUUCAAACUGAAACCGCUUCCGGCUCCGUUUCCGGCCCAAAGUUGCUACGACGAGGCUCGGCAGCAUUCGAGGAUCAGCACCGCCCCCCCCGGGGAUUCUUUUCCGCCUGGCGGAGCUUUGAAGGAAAAACUGUCACGGGACAAAAUGGCUUCCCGAGGAUGGGGCCCGGUAGAGGUUGGUGUCCCGCUCCGGUUUGGUUCCACAUCUGAUUCUGUUGGACUUGAUUGUGUUCACAUGGGGAGUUAAAGCUGCUCAGGAAUGCGUGUGUGUGUGUGUGUGUGUGUGCGUGUGCAUGCGUGUGUAUGUCUGUGUCCACCUCCUCCACAUGGUCACAUGACACAUCAGCAUCUGUAUAAGGAAUGUACAAGUACUAGCUAACAUGUUUACAUCCACGCCAUUACUUUUUAUCUCUCUUCAAGGACCUUUCUGUAUGUCUUUUUUUUCUCUGCCCUCCCGUCCAUUAGGGGGCGCCGACUCCACCCUUUUUCUCGACGCUUCUGUUCUUACUUCAAAAUAUCAUGAAUGUAGUCGCAGGAAGUAGUACUACAAUCUCCAAGGGCAUUAAAGCACUGGUAUGUUUUUCCUCAUUUCAAAGCGACGAUCGGCGCCGUAGACGUGUAGCAUCACAGGAAGUGACCUCCUCGAGACCUCCCACCUCCUUCGCCCGACCGAUGCUCCUUCGUUGCGGGCUUUGAUGGUGCUCAUUAGCACAGGUGCUAGGAAACUAAAACACCAAAACGAGGCGAGGACAGAUUAUGUGUGGGCGGAGCUUAGCUUACAAGUCAAAUCAAUAGGAAGUAUUGAACUAAAACUACAAAAGUUUUGAGACACUUUCUCAUUCACUAACAUGGUAAAGUGUCUCUAAACUUUGGACUGUUUUUUUUGUAUGCACCAGUCAAAAGUUUGGAGACACUUUCUCAUUCACUAACAUGGUAAAGUGUCUCUAAACUUUGGACUGUUUUUUUGUAGCAUCAGUCAAAAGUUUGGAGACACUUUCUCAUUCACUAACAUGGUAAAGUGUCUCUAAACUUUGGACUGUUUUUUUGUAGCAUCAGUCAAAAGUUUGGAGACACUUUCUCAUUCACUAACAUGGUAAAGUGUCUCUAAACUUUGGACUGUUUUUUUUGUAUGCACCAGUCAAAAGUUUGGAGACACUUUCUCAUUCACUAACAUGGUAAAGUGUCUCUAAACUUUGGACUGUUUUUUUGAAUGCACCAGUCAAAAGUUUGGAGACACUUUGUCAUUAACUAACAUGGUAAAGUGUCUCUAAACUUUGGACUGGUAAAAAAACAGUCAAAACCAUUGGAACAUUUUCUACUAAAAUUUUUAUUUUUCUCAUAUUAAAACUGCAUUCUAGAUUAUCUAAAUUAUUUUUAAUUAAUUAUUAUUAAUUAUAUAAAUUAUUAUUUUUGUCUUGGAACAAAUUUUUGGUAAAAUUUCCAUUUUUUUGAUAUUUUUUCCUUCAUUUUUUCUGAAUUUGUUCUCAUAACAUUGCAAUAUUUUGUCAUGUAAUGUUUAUUUUUUUAUGUCAAAUUCCAACUUUCAGGCUUUAACUUAAAGUGUCCCGCUUGGAAAACCGGUCCGCCAGUGUCGGAAUUCCGGGUAGCGUUCCACCCCCUACGAUAAAUCCACUUGAGGUGUCCCAGUACUUUUGUCCUUGUGGCGUAUUUCCCCCGACUUCUUGUCAUUUUUUUUCGCCAUGUUUUUCCAUCGUUUUUUUUUUAAGCGGUUCUAUUCAAACUGUGAUCCGCUCUCCGUGAAGCACAAGCACUUUUCCGUCUGCUCCAAAUCGCCGUCCAAAUAACCGUGGAGAUCCAUAAUAGAGGAACGCUUUUCCGUGUCAACUAUUUCUAUUGAUUGACAUUCUGCUUUGUGUUGCCAAGAAAACAAGCGAGCGAGCAGGUUGUAAAAAAAAAAAAAAAAAUGUAAAUAAAAAGAGAUUUUAUGGA